UGCCAUCCUUCACAGUUGUUAGUUAGCUCAAACUAUGUGCGACAUCAACAACGAUAUGGUGCAACGUGGUAGGCUUUUUGGGGACAAUGUUAUUGAAUGCAGUAACAUACGAACACCGGUGAAAAUUCAGGAUGAAGCUUCACAUCGAAAAUUAACUUUUGGCAUCGACCGUUUAUUAAGUAUGUCAACACCUGCAAGGAACAAGGAAUUUGGUGAUAAAUCACUAUUUUUGUCAUCUUCCGUUACUGAAGAGGAAGCUUAUCAUAGUUUCUAUGAAAUGGAUAAAUGUGAUUUAUGUGGUAAAUACAACGGAAGUUUCCCUAAUUUUACCAAACUUUCGAUUAGUGAUUUGAAUACGAAAAUGGAAAAAGGCCAUGUUUGUGAACCAGUUAUUCUAGAAUUAAACAAAACGAGUAAGCCUUGCGAUAAAAGUGAAAAUCAUUUGUGGUUAAGCUAUCCGGGUGACAGUGGUAUACAGUGUUCCAAAAUAAUUCCUGAACCGUUUCCCUUGCGAAUAGGAAAUUUGAAUUUAGGACAAAAUCUUAUUCCAUCAAACCAAGAAGCAGAGCUAUUUACAUUUCCCUUCGCUACGACUCCUCAUUUCGUGCAAAACUGGAGUAAUGAUAAAUUAACUCCUUAUAGGACUCAUAAUUUUAUUGAAUGCUCCUUGCAAAGAGGCCAAUCCUCAUGUUAUAACUUCAAUAAACUGAGUUCUAUCGACAGUAGACCAACAGAAAAGCAAUCAAUAAUUUCGCGUCGGAAAAGAUCUUGGUCGCGAGCAGUAUUUAGUAGUUUACAACGGAAAGGACUUGAAAAGACAUUUCAAGAACAAAAGUAUAUAACUAAACCCGAUAGAAAACGCCUCGCUGCUACGCUUGGUCUACAUGAUUCACAGGUAAAAGUGUGGUUUCAAAAUCGUCGAAUGAAGUGGCGGCACCUUGUAAAACAUGCCUCAAUAGUCUCAUCAUCCCAGAACACACUCGAUCAAGCUUCACAGUCAAUAUCGCCGUCAUCCAUGAGUUUAGAUAUGACAGAAAUGUUUCAAUUUAAUUGUGAUGAUGGCAAAGAUGCCGAAGACGACAUUAUAAUAGAUUAAGUUUCCUCAAUUGUACUUAGUAAAUCUGUUAUAUAAGAUUAGUAAAAAUGUUAUUAGUUAACUUUUCUUUCACUAACAUUUUUUUAUUUUUUACUUCACAGUUGCGCACUAACAUAGCGCACUGGCACCUGAAUAAGAGAAAGAACACUUUGAGUUGAUAUUUAGCAUACAAUUUACUCAUAUAGACUCGUAUUUACUCAUAUAUAAAUAAAUCUUAAAUCCACAAAUACAAAAUUCUCGUGUCGCUGUGUUAGCGUUCAAAUUCGUCCGAACAGACUUGAUCAUUGUUUAUGAAACUUUACCAAUAUGGUCCAUACUUAUGAAAACAGGUUUGUAACUUUUUGUCGUAUCUAGAAACUGUAAACUUUUUAAUUAAUUACCAUUAUCAAAAUUUAGAAACAGCAGUUCAGAACAAUAAAUGAAAAUGAGUAUCAGGAAGUACGCCGCCGCUACGAAUGGAUUCAAUGAUACCAGGCAUUGUGCCAGUGUGUCUCCACCUCCUACUCCUACUAAAUACAACCUCGUCGUACAGAAUGGUAACAUGUCUCUCAACUAUUCAAGCUUGGGUAUACGGGGUAACCCAACUGUGGGCGAAUGGGUUGCAUGGCUAAAUUGAUAGGCGAGGUAGAUCAUGAUAGAUAAUAUUCAUGACUCAGAGACAGGUGUCACUCGUAAUAUUGUGAUGAUGUUCUAGAUGGCUUCUAUGUUGAUAGUGUAUGUGAAGUAGGAAAAAGAGACGGGAGAUAUCGCCCACAGCGAUAUCGUAGGGAGCUCCGAUUGGGCGAAAGAAUGAAUUUGAGCGGCGCGCGCUGCUAGGUCAGAAGGUCAGUUGAACGCGAAAUGUCGAAGGUGAAGGACGUGCGAAUAUGGAGCAAAAUAAAGUGAAAUGAACUAAAGCCA